UACGUAUAAGAGUAUUUUGUAGUGAAAAACCUUCGAUUACAAUGUAGAAGGUUAAUCAUCGAUACGAUAGGAACGGUAAAUAAAUGUUAAAAGACAAUAUUUAAGUCUAAUACAAAUUUAACUAAUUUAGAAAAUUAAUAAAACGUUACAAUGAGUAAUAAAGAGAAAGGUGAUUUGCGAUCAGAGCAAUGCACUAAAUCGAAGGAAGAAAGAGAAAGAAAGCAGUCGGUUUCCUCACUGACUGACGAUUCUGACUCUAAGAAAAAGAGGCGAAAUAGGAUAUGUGUAAGGAUAAAAGGAUGUAGUAAAGAUAAAAGGAAAAAGUCAAAGCAUAGAAGUAGUUCUAGUAGCUCCAGUUCCUCUAGUGCCUCUAGCCGUGAGGCUAAACAUCAAAAUGAUAGAGACAGGAGGAGCGACAAGUGGGAUAAAAGAUAUGAAAAUGGUGUUAGACCAUAUAGGCCGAAUCCAAGAGAAGGCAGAGGAUAUUAUAAAGGACGGAGUGGGUACCUAGAUAAUCGUAAACGUAGUUUUGGUUAUCGACCUUAUAAACAUACUGGAUUUUAUGAUAGAAAUAGACACAACAAUUCGCAAUACAAUAGGUAUAAUAAUGAAAGGAGGGGUAAUAGAUUUUUAAAUCAUAAUAGUAGAAGACCUCCUUAUGAUAGGUCUAGAAGUAGGAGCACUUUGGAUCAUGAUCAUCAAAGAAACUUAAAAGAUUCUAGUGAACACUCUAGAGAGAGUGAAUCAAAAGAAAGAUAUCUAAAGCAAGCUAAUGUUGAUAAAACAGAAUUAAAGAGGAAAGAUACAGAUGACACUCAUAUAAAAGGAAAAGAAAAGAAAAGGGACGAAGACACUCAAGAAAAGACUGAUCACAUUGUUCGCAAAAAAUCAAAGAGGAAAAGAUCUUUAUCAUCUUCUAGUUCCUCAAGUGUUAGUAGCACUAGUAGUGACAGUAGUAGCAGCAGUUCUAGCACUAGCAGUAGCAGCAGUAGUUAUAGUAGUAGUAGUACAGAAACCUCUGAAGAUGAGAAAAAACGUAAAAAAGCAAGAAGGAAAGCCAAAAAACUAAAGAAAGCUAUGAAAAAGCGUAGAAAGAAGAAAAGAAUGAAGAAAAAAUUAAAGAAGAAAUUGAAAAAAUCAUCUAAAAAGAAAUCACGAAAUAUUGAUAAAUCCAAAGAAAGUAUUUCAAAAGAUAUUUCACAGGAAGUGUCAGAAAAAUCAAAGGCAAUGGCACCAAUGACAAAAGAAGAAUGGGAAAAGAAACAAAGUGUAAUACGUAGAGUUUAUGAUGAAGAAACUGGAAGAUACAGGUUAAUUAAAGGUGAUGGAGAAGUCUUAGAAGAACUAGUGAGUAAGGAACGUCAUAAAGAGAUAAAUAAGCAAGCAACUAAAGGAGAUGGAGAGUACUUCCAAGCACGCUUGAAGGCCAAUGUUUUAUGAACUAUUUUUCUAUGUAUGCUAAAAA